UUACUGCUCGGAAUGCCCAACGAAGUUCUCUCCAUGAUUGUCGAUCAUGCCGGUCCACAGGCCUUUCCUGCACUGCGUCUUACCAACAAACAUCUCCGCGCAAUCGCGAACAAGCCUUUUGCAAUUCUGAACUUCUCGGAGCGCAAGCAUGUCCAGUCUCUGCACAGCAUGGAAGCCCUGGUCGAGAUCACGGCCCACGCCUUCUUUGGCAUCUUCGUCAAGAAGGUGAUUGUUAGU